AUCUUCCCUCGAUCUUGUUCCUAAUCCUACCGUUCAUGGUACUUAUAAAUAAGCCAAUCGAUCUUUACGCCAAAGAAAUUCUAAGACGACCGACAAAAGAAAACUCCAAAACAAUACACCGUUGAAGUUUGAACAGAUCGAGAACAAUGGCAACCACAAGAUUAUUACGUACGUCUAGGCCUUUGCGUCUUGGUCUUCCUUCUUCAUCGUCGUCUUCUUUGUCCGCGACGACGGUGAGGUGUGUAAGCGCGGCGGGGUUUAACGGAGAGAAGAGGGUUUCUGGGGAUAAUGAGAGGAAACCGAUGGUGGCCGUGAAGGCCUCGGUGGCGGCUUCGGAGAGCUUAAUUACCUCUAAACCGCAAGUCAAUCGGGGACUGCUGGAUUUGGCUUCUCUACCGGCAAUUGCUAGCCUGGCUGCGGUGUUUUUGUUAAGGAUGGCUGUGAAACUGAAGCCACGAAAAUUACUCGUCCAAAUGUUCCUUGAAAGGGCCAUAAUUGAUUGCCGAUUCUUUACAUUCAUUGCUGUUGCCGGAUCUUUACUCGGUUCGGUGUUGUGUUUCGUUGAGGGUUGCUUUAUCAUACUAGAGUCAUAUUUGCAGUAUUUCUAUUCGACGUUGUCACGAAAAUUGGACCAAGAGCAUAUGGUGCACCUACUUAUUGAAGCACUAGACAUGUUCCUUGUAGGAACCGCCAUGCUUACGUUCGGGAUGGGUUUGUACGUCAUGUUUGUUGGAACAAGGAGUACGAAAGGAAAGGGGCCAUGGCUUUCCGGGUCAAACUUGUUUGGACUAUUCUCUAUGAAGACACUUCCAACAUGGGCUCAGAUGCAAUCAGUUUCACAAGCCAAAUCGAAAAUCGGCCAUGCUGUGAUGAUGAUACUUCAGGUGGGAGUGUUGGAGAAGCUAAAGAGUGUAAAUUUGGUAACUGCGGUGGAUCUUGCCUGUUUUGCCGGGGCUGUGCUAAUAUCCUCGGCCAGUAUCUUUCUUCUCUCAAGACUCUCUGUCGACUGAAGUAGUAUGGAAGAUUCAUAUACUCAUCUAUUAUAGGCCUAACAUAUGUAUAUGGUUCAUCAAUAUCACUCAUUCUUUUAUUAAUUAGUAUAACUGUAUAUAUAUAUAUAUAUGCUGGCUGCUAUAUAUAUAUACUUUCUAGAGAAAGUAGGGGGAUCCCUCAUCCCUGCAUGUAUAAGUAUAUUAAGAGUUAUGUAAGAGUUAGAAUAUAUGCAGAGAGGAAGAAGAAGAAGAUCGAGUAGUCUUUAGGCCCUUUGCGGAUAUUAAUUAAUUGUAGUUUAAUUUCCUAUUAUAUAUCAUAAAUGUUUCAUCAUUAAUUAAUUACCAUUAAGGUGUGUCAUGUGAGCAAUGCAUGCACAUAAAUGUAUUAUGUCGUACAAAUUGUUGAUUUGGAGACCACAGUGUCGCUAGUCUUUGAGAAAGUUUCAAAAUCACAUUUUUAUCUCA